AUGGUGGACCACCCGCUGCGGCAGAAAUGGCUGUUGCCAGCUGAUGUGUCUACAUCACGCAGCCCUAGUGGAGGCAGCACGUCUCAAGCCAGUGCAGACAGUGGGACACCACCACAUGCCGGCAGUAACCCCCAGGAGGCCAAUGAUCCGCCAGCAUCGUGUGUGUCCUUCUUCCGGACUCAGGCGGAAUCCACGGACCUGGAAUUCUUCGUCCACGAGUUCGUGCGCGGGAAGCCGGUUAUAGUGAUGAAAUGGGACGGAACGGACCCCCAGCUGCCUGCGGUGAUGCUCAACUCGCACAUGGACGUGGUGCCCGCCAGCAAGGACGAUUGGACGCACGACCCGUUUGGUGCCGACAUGGACGAGGAGGGGAGGAUCUUCGCAAGAGGAGCCCAGGACACCAAGCAGCUGGCCAUCAUGGCCGUGGAGGCGGUUCGCCGUCUGAAGAUGCGGGGUGUCAAGCUGUGCAGAAACGUUCUCAUCACCGUGAUGCCAGAUGAGGAAAUAGGAGGCGCGGAUGGCAUGGAGAAAUUCGUGCAGUCUGAAGACUUCCAUAAGCUGAACGUUGGCUUCGAACUGGACGAGGGUCCAGUGUCGCCUCAGGAGGAAUACGCCGUUACCAAUGGCGAAAGGAGCUCAUGGAAAGUCAAAGUGCGCUGCCGAGGAUUCACUGGACAUGGCUCCAUCCUCGUGCCUGGAACUCCUGGAGAAAAACUGCGGAUCGUCCUGGAUCGCUUCAUGGACUUCCGCCAGGAAGAGCUGGACAAACUACAGCAAGAUCCCAACCUAUGGAUGGCCGACGUCACCAGCACGAAUCUCACCAUAGUCGAGGGAGGGUCUGCACUGAACGUAAUCCCACCCGAGAUGUCUGCAGUGUUCGACUUGCGCAUCAAUCCACUGAUGGACUUCGACAAGCUGGAGGAGAAGAUCAGGCAAUGGUGCUCAGAUGCUGGAGAAGGAGUUGAGCUCGAGUUCUUGGAAAAGCAGGAGAAGGCUGGAAUUCCUGCGCUGGGAUUCAUGCCGAUAAACAACACUCCACCACUUCCGCACGGAAUAGACGAGUACAUUACAGCAGCCUCCCUGCUGCGUGGCAUCGACAUCUUCCAGGGUGUGCUCCAGGAGGUCGCCAACGUCCUGUAG